GUAAUUCGUGUGCUUGCCUGAAACCUUGUUUAGUCGUUUGCGCAUGCGCGUUUUCUUCUUCGUUUACGGAAGCACCUGCAAGGGAACCGAUGGGGUUUUUUAUUUUAAGAAAAAUGCUGCACGGCAAAUAAAACAAUAUGCUCUGCUAUGCAUUGCUGGCGUUGUUAUCGGCGUUCUUGGCAGUAUUUUUUUUCCCUCGGCAGUGGUCGUUAUAUUCAGAAAGCAAAUCAACUCAGGGGCCACCUACGAGGCUUUUGAAUAGUCAAGAAUUGGCGUUAUAUAACGGCGGAGAAGGAAGCAAGGGUAUUUACCUGGCAAUAUUAGGCCAGGUAUUUGACGUACAUAGUGGCCUCAAACAUUAUGGCCCUGGUGGUGCAUAUCAUUUUAUGGCAGGUAAAGAUGCAUCACUGGCCUUCAUCACGGGCGAUUUUACAGAAAGUGGCUUGACAGAUGAUGUGUCCAGUUUGUCACCAUUGCAGGUGGUAGCCCUGUUUGACUGGCUGCUCUUCUAUCAGAAGACCUACCAAACUGUAGGUUUGCUCAUAGGACGGUUCUAUUCUGAAAGUGGAAAGCCCACAGAGUUUCUAUUACACGUUGAGUCAUUGCUUGCAACGGGCCAGCAACUCAAAGCCAAGACAGAGGCGGACAUGCUUCACUUCCCUGCCUGUAACUCGGAGUGGAGCUCUGCAAGGGGAGGGAGGGUCUGGUGCUCCACCAAAAGUGGUGGAGUUGAAAGAAGCUGGACAGGUGUUCCUCGAAAACUAUUUUCUGCAGGUGCUAGUGGGUACCGUUGUGUUUGUGUGGAAGAUCCAUCUGCAGCCAGGGAGAACCCCAACCUGCAGGAGUAUGAUGACUGCUCAAUGCAUGCAGUCUCCUGCUCUUCAUUUGAAUAGUUUCAAAAAUGGACAACGAGCAUAACUGGGAUAACCCAGUUCACAAAUGCGUCAAGGGGGUGGGUGGGUGUGAAGAAAAGAUUGUUUUAAAUGAUCUUUAUGUAAAGUUGUCUGUAUAAGGAUACACUUGGAAGAGACGGGCUAGAUAUCUGAGCAUACAGAUACGAUACAAUGUGCAUAAAAGAUUUUACAAUGUGCAUAAAAGAUUAACAAAGGCAAGAUUUAAGUCUGUCACAAUGGCAAUCACAAACUGCAUUAAGUACAAAAAUGGUAGCAGUGGCCAAAAAUAUCACACAUUUAUCUGUACAAUUCAACAUGCCUAUCGUUCUCACUUCCCAAAACCAUUGGACAUGUCAUGUGAUCUUUAUAAAGUGCACCUGUUGGAUUUAGAAAAAUCAAAGCAGUAAAUGUGUCAGGUCGAGACACCUCGACUUGAGGCAUUAUCGUCAUCGCAACUGACAAGGACCUCAUGGUCAAGUCAAAACUGGAAUGUACUCAUGCUGACUGAUUUAAAAAUAAAAAUAAAAGACAUUAUGAAAUGCUACAAAUUAUAGUACAUGCAGGCAUAUAGUUGCUCGUCAGUACUAAUACAUACUAAAUAUGUAUUAUAUGGAUCAAUAAUGGUUCACAGCCUGCUAAUUAAUGUUUUCAUAUUGCUGGGCAGUUAUUUUUUUUCACCACACAAGUGAAAUUAAAAUGUGCUUGUUUUUGCUUCGGGGUCUAACAAAACAUAAUUGAUUUAAUCAUUUAUCCAGGUAAUACAGUCUACAGUCACAAGAGUUCGAUUGAUAAUCAUUUGAAUCUCAUUUGGAUGGUUCGAGUAUGUGAAUCAUGAUGCAUGAAACAUUUGUCUCAGAGCAGGUAGCACAACCUGCAGAUGAUGAAAUGACUUAACCACAGAUCAACAUCUUUCCAACAGUGUUUUUGAGAUGUUUAUCAUUGAAUUGCAAUGACCAAGAGAAGCAAC